AACGGCAAUUGAAGGAAUGCAUUUUUGUCCGCAUUUAAUUCAGCUGAAACUCGGUGAAGUCGUUGACUUUUUACUAUCUGAUGUUACAUAUGAACUUGAAGACAUCCAUUCAUUCCAUUUUCAUGGGUAUGGAUUUCAAAUAAUAGAUAUGGGAACACUUGAGCAAUAUAAAACAAACACAACAUCUUACUACAAUGACACUCAUCCCCCAACUGUUAAGGAUACAAUUGGUGUUCCUAUAGGCGGCUUUGUUCGAAUUCGAUUCCGAGCUUCAAAUCCAGGAUAUUGGAUGAGAUUAAUUGUACGGCAUGAGAUUAAUUGUACGAGUCGGAGAUAAAUCUCAAAUGAGAUCAGCACCGGUCGGGUUUCCAAGUUGCAGUGACUAUCUUCCACCAGUUAUCGGAAUGUGAUUUUUCACUCCUCAAUUGUGUGUUACAAUUUUUUUAGUGAAACAUGAUUUUGCUCAUUUUGACGUUUAAAACCAAGAAAAUUGUGUGUGCCACUUUAAAAAAAAACUUUUAUUCGGAUACACUUAUGCUUGUACGAUUUCAUUGAAGAAUGCUCCGCGUCCAAUUACACACAAAAUACAAAUCGAUUACAUUUUUACUUAUAAUCAUCAUUCUAAAUAAAGAUGGAAAUUAACAUACGGUUUUCUUACGGCAAACCAAAAUAAUCAACAUCUUAAGUGAAAUGACAAAAAUCAGAAUUAACUCAAAUUGCAUACAGUUUUUAACUCAUAUGUUUGUAGCGUAUAAUAAAGUAAAUGAAGCAAAGUGAAAA